AUGAAAGGGAUCGCCAAGUACGGUUUCAAGAGCGGUGUGCUCCCAAAACCUAGACAGAUAGUGCCGCGAGUGAAGCCAGCAUUUGAGCUGGCAGAAGAGGCAAAGAUCCGCACUGGCUUUGCCGAUCCGAAGAUGGUCCCAAAAGGCUCUUCAGCCGUCUCAUCCGGACGCAAAGAACUCAGCGCCAGUGAAAAAAUUGCCUUGAGCGCCAAGGCACCUAAAAAGGUGAAAGAAGCCAAGACUGCUCACCAGGAGUGGCGCCAGAAAAGCGCCGACAUCCGCCGUCGUUAUUUAACAGAUGCCUUGGAGACCGAGGAGGUGCUGGAGACUAAAAAGGCUGCCCGCCGUCAGAAAGCGCACGAUGAUGCUGCUAGUCUGCGUGAGCGUAUGCUUCAGACUGGUGAAUCUGAAGCCAUCAAGCUGACCAUGCCCACGAUCGAGAACUCCCUGCUUUCUGGAUCAAUGGUGCGUCCGCGAACGGAGGAAGAAAAAAGCGUUCUGGCUUUGAAGCGCGGGGCAAACCGCAAAGCCGUGUUGGCAGAGCAAAUGAAGCUGCGUAGUGCUCAGCUUCUCGAGCUGUAUCAGUCGACUCGCGAGUACAUCAUCACCCCGGAGGAGCUUGAUCUGGCCGUCGACCAACAGUUUAGUCACUCAAGCAGCCAGUCAUCUACCGCACAGUUCAAUGCCCUUGAGCUCAAGAAACGUCUUAUGUAUGAGAACAUCAGAUCUGAGGCCUUUGCUAAUGCCCGCGAGGACCUGGCAAACACUCUUCUGGGCACCACUUCCAACCACGAGCCUGGCUUGACCGAGGUCCGCGAUGUUCUUGAUGGCACUUCGCACAGCCACCAUCCUACCCCUACUGAGCAGUCAUAA